AUGAAAUUGACGACAAUCCUAUUCUUUUUAACGGCAACAGCUUGGGCCGAGCCACAAAAACGAGAUGCAACCACCGUCGCUGCAACCACAGAGGACGGCUUCAACCUUGCGUCCUUAUCAAGUGCCCUAGUCAAUCUCGCAAGCGCAACAACAACAGGCAAUUUCGCAAACAUCUCCCCUCCACCCAAAGCCCUCAUUCCCGAGAUCCUCUCGGUCGUUCCCCUAACCGUAGUCGGGGAAUUAAUCGACGCGCAAUCCCGCAGUUCCCUCGCUAGUCAAUUCAAGGCGGGCACUACGCCAGCUUGGUACUCUAGUCUUCCCGUUGACGUGAAGAGCUACAUGUCCGUCGUCCGAUUACAGAUUCAAAAUGGCGCUUUGACUGCUACCACUGGGCUGGGAUACCAGACUACGGCUACCACUGGAGCUGGUGCGGCGGCGACGGCGACGGCGACGGCGACAGCCACUGCGACCGCGUCAUCGUCUACCUCUAAUGGUGUGGCAGCAAAGCCAACGGUAUUCAGUGCGAUGAUCGGGUUGAGUCUUGGGCUGGUCAUAGCGUUGUGA